CUGCCCGGGUAACAUAUGGAAGCUCUCAACGGAUUCCGAUUAUGUGUUAUUUCCGUUCUCAUUUUUCUCACUACUCUUACUCAAACCUUAAGCUCAACUGCAUUUCAUGACACUCAAAAUGAAGACUGGGAGAGCUAUGUUAGUAUACCAAACACCAUCUUAACUUAUGGGAGUGAAAUGGAGGAGGCUGAAUGGCAGAUGGUGCAAAAGAAAGGAAACCAAUUUGUAGUGAAUGGACAACCAUUUUACGUAAACGGAUUCAACACUUACUGGAUGAUGGUAUUUGCCGCCGAUGAGUCCACAAGAGGAAAGGUCACUGAUGUGUUCAAACAUGCAUCCUCUGUUGGUAUGUCAGUUUGUAGGACUUGGGCCUUCAAUGAUGGUCAGUGGAGAGCCCUUCAGAAAUCUCCAUCAGUUUAUGAUGAAGAGGUGUUCAAGGCUCUGGAUUUUGUAGUGAGUGAAGCAAAGAAAUACAGAAUCAGACUCAUAUUAUCAUUGGUUAACAAUUGGGACUCAUAUGGUGGAAAAGCACAAUAUGUCAAGUGGGGUAAUGCUGCUGGCCUUAACUUGACCUCGGAUGAUGACUUUUUUUCACAUCCAACCCUCAUAGGCUACUACAAGGACCAUGUUAAGACGGUACUCAAUAGAGUUAACACAUUCACAAAUAUCACUUAUAAGGAUGAUCCAACUAUUUUUGCUUGGGAAUUAAUGAAUGAACCUCGAUGCACCUCUGAUUCCUCGGGUGAUAAGUUACAGGAAUGGAUACAAGAGAUGGCAUUCUAUGUGAAAAGUGUUGAUCCAAAACACCUAGUGGAGAUUGGCCUAGAAGGAUUUUAUGGACCCUCAACACCUCAAAGAUUUCAGUUCAACCCAAAUACACUUGCUCAACAAGUUGGAACUGAUUUUAUAAGAAACCACCAGGUUCUAGGCGUCGAUUUCGCUUCUGUUCACAUAUAUCCAGACUCUUGGAUUUCACAAUCAGUUGAUGAUAGCCAUAUCCCAUUUGUGAAGUCAUGGAUGGAAUCCCACAUAGAUGACGCUGAAAAGUAUCUUGGAAUGCCAGUUGUUUUUGGUGAGUUUGGUGUAUCUGCAAAAGAUCCAGGUUAUAAUUCAACAUAUAGAGAUACACUUAUAAACACAGUUUACAAGACAAUUCUAAACUCAACAAAGAAAGGAGGUAGUGGUGCUGGAAGCCUUUUGUGGCAGUUCUUUCCAGAUGGAACGGAUUACAUGGACGACGGUUACGCAAUUGUUCUCUCAAAAGCUCCUUCAACUUCAAGCAUGAUAUCUCUUCAAUCCACAAGGCUUGCUCUAUUCAACUCCCUAUGCUCUGAGAGAUGUCAUUGGGGUUGUAACAAGAAAAAAGUGUUGCAAAAAGUACUCUAUCACGACGAUGAGCUUUAACUUCAGUUUGAAAAUGAUGCAACAGCUUAUAAAAUAUACAUACAUACGAGGAUUUGUCAUGAUAUUAUGUUUUGUAAGAAAAUGAUGCCAAUAGUGUCUUUACUUUAUUUGCUGUGUGACAUAAAGUGCAGUUACAUCCAUAUUUAUAAAUGGUGUUGGUCAUAAGUAUCUUAGGACAUCCAGAAAUAUUAUUGUUUAUGAAGGAAGAAAAUGUAAUAUGAAUAGAAGACCGACAAUAUUUAUAUCGAAGGAAGAAAAUGUAACAUGAUUAGAUGGUUAUAUUUUGUAUAUAGAGUCGACAUGUGUAUCAUAUCAUAGUCUGUGAUUUCUAAAGAGAAUCCUAUCCUACUUACUCUUUAACUAAAUAUUAUUUAGACAACAAAUAAGGUUUAAUGAUACCUUUUUAAGAAUGACUUUAUCCUUAGAUUUGGGAAUCAACUGUGUAGCCUUGGAUCUUCCCCUCUUGUCCACCUCUUGAUCGACCACAUUCUUUGGCACCAAAAAAACCAGAAUAAACAACACCAAAGGACCCUUAUUCUAAGGAGGAUGUGAAGGAUGUUAGGAGGGAAAUUCAGAUUAUGCAUCAUUUGGCUGGUCAUAAGAAUAUUGUUACCAUUAACGGUGCUUAUGAGGAUUCACUUCAUGUUCAUAUUGUUAUGGAGCUUUGUUCUGGAUGUGAGUUGUUUGAUCGGAUUAUCCAGAGAGGAAGGUGGCUGGGUUGACCAAAAUUCUUGCUGCCUCAGGUCAAGUUGUCACUGAUGCAGUUGGCAGCCCAUAUUAUGUUGAUCCUGAGGUUCUCCUCAAGCAUUAUUGUAUACACUCAAUUGUAUUCAAAUUAUUUCCA